GCAGAAUAGAGCCUGCUAGAACCGUUAAGGGAACGCAUGAUCGGUUUGGUGUUGAAAAUGGAAAAUUUACAUACAUACAGAAGAUCGGAACUUCGAUUGCAGAGUUAUACUGUUUUGAACAGAUAUCCACACCAAUAUUGGAAUUUUCGCAAGUAUUUGAACGAACUCUGGGUAGUGAGUCAGAUAUUGUUGGAAAAGAAUUGUACAGUUUUAUCGAUCAUGAUGAUAAAUUGACGUUGAGACCUGAGGGAACGGCAGGUAUUGUCAGAGCAUUAAUUAACAACAAUAUGGAUCGUGAUCUACCCAAAAAGUUUUACUACCAUGGACCCAUGUUUCGUCGUGAACGACCUCAAAAAGGAAGGUUAAGGCAGUUUGAGCAAUUUGGCGUUGAAAUGUUUGGCUAUGAAAAUCCAACUUCUGAUAUUGAGAUAAUUGAAAUGGCUUGGGCAUUCUUAAAUAAAAUAGAUACUGGUACACCGUUUGAGCUAGAAAUUAAUUCAUUGGCUGAUAUGGAAUCUCGUACGCGUUAUUGCGAGGUUGUAAGAGAUUAUCUGCGCAAGAAUGCAUCACGUCUUUCUUCGGAUAGUGUAAAGAGAAUAUCAACGAAUCCCUUGCGUGUUCUAGAUUCAAAAAACCCGGAAGACAUUCCAAUCAUUCAAAAUUGUCCAUCAAUCACAGAAUUUUAUAAUACGACAUCUGCCGAAAGAUUUGAUGCUGUGUGUCAAGGACUUCAAAAAUUAGAAAUACCUUAUAAAGUUAAUCCUCGAAUGGUUAGAGGAUUAGAUUAUUAUGAAGAUACUAUAUUUGAAUUCAAAUGUAUAGACUCUAGACUCGGUGUUUCACAAGGAACUGUGCUUGCUGGUGGAAGAUAUGAUAGUCUUGUUCAAUUAAUGGGUGGAAAAGAAAAAGUUCCAGGAAUAGGAUGGGCUGCAGGAGUAAACAGGCUAGCCGCAAUAUUACGUGAUGAUAUUAUGAUUCCACAGGAAAGGCCAAUUGCAGUUGUCAUUAUUCAAGAUCGAGAUAAGACUAUUUUAUCAACAGACAAUUGUAGAACAAGUAAUGAUAUGAUUCUUUAUAACUAUGGUCUUAAAAUUUCUAGUGUGUUACGUUCGCAUAAUAUUAAAACAUUUUUUUAUCAUAUAUCGAAUAUACAUAAACAAUCACUGAAAACUAUAUUGGCAAACGUUGUAAAAACAAAUGCUUCUCACGCAAUAUUGGUAGGAGAAAAUGAAAUUAUGAAUGAUAAAGUGACAUUAAAAGAUUUAGAUUUAAAAAUUCAAAAUGAAUAUAAAUUAGAAGAUAUCGUACAAGUUUUAAAAUCUAGAAAGAAUAACUAA